UUAAGCGUAAGCAGUGACUGAAAAUGGCGAUGGUGAGUUCUGACAACACCAACGUCGUCUUCAUCGACACCAGCCUCGAUACACACUUGGCCGUCAUCGUUUUCGACCACGACACCGUCUCUGACCUCAAAAAGAGAAUUCUUUCAGAACACCCAUUAUGCUUUCCGAAAAUUGGGCAGAUACAGAUUCACGGGAUAAAGGUAAAGCGCAAGGGGUACUACUAUCAUCUAUCAGAUUCCAUGUUUGUGAGAAGUGCCUUUAAUGGUUUCAACAAGAGCUGGUUUCUUAAUGUUGAUGCUUCUGCAUUGGGAGAGUGUGGACAAAAUGAGCAAUUAUUUGCUUCUGGUUCUCCUAACCAGUUGGCCUGUCUUGACAUUGCAAAUAAUGCUUUAAUUGAUCCCGUUGAUAAUGCUGUGAUUCUUCCAUCCAAAAGGGUGUCCGGUCUCGACAAUUCUCCGUUGCUGCAAUUGGAGAACAAACAGAAUCAGAAUGAAGAAAUUCCUAUUAUUAGCCCGUGUAUUUCAGAACAUACAGGAAAAGAAGCUGUCGAAAGUUUGGAGAUAGGUGUUAAAUCAUCUGGCAAUAAUGACACUGGAAUUCCAUUAACAGGUUCAGUUCCUGAGACACUGGACCAUUGCUAUGUAAAUCAUGAACUUCCAAGUUUAAAUAUUGAACGUGAGGUAGAUGGCUCUGGUAAAGGCACUACGGAUGAUUGUAAUGUUUGCAAGGAAGAUCCUUCAAUAGCUGAGCCAAGUGCAAAGAAAAAGCGAAAGAGUAAAAGGCAAAAAGAGGACUCAAUGCGAGAUGAUAAUUCAAAAGAUAAUAUUGCUUCUGUUGAUAAGCCUCUCAGUUUUCCAUCCAAAAGGACAUCCAGUUUAAGUAAUUUCCCAAUGCCACAAUUGGACAACAAACAGGAUGAAAAAGCAGAAAUUCCUUUUGUCAGCCCUUUGUUUUCAGAGUAUACGGGAAAAGUUGUCAAAAAUUUGGAGAUGAAUGUGAAAUCCUCUUGCAAUAAUGAUCUUCCAAAUUCACAUGUUGAAUGUGAAGUAGAUGGAUCCAAUAAAGGCAUUAAGGAUGAUUGUAUUUCAAAAUCUGUGCCAAGUGCAAAGAAAAAACAGAAGAGCAAAAGGAAAAAGGAAGACACAGUGCAAGAUGAUACUUUAAAAGAAAAUGAUCCUUCUGUUGUUGAACCAGCUAAUUAUAAGGUUCAGCAGGAUAUUGUAGUCCUAGCAAACCCUUCGGUGAAUGCAGAUAAAGAAGUAAUUAAGGAAACUGAAGUUUUAAAGGAGCAUCAGCACACUGAAUGCAGCAAUAACAACUAUAAGAAUGACAUUGAUGCAGUGUCAAUAAAAGAGGCUUCAGACCCUGGACCUGCUGCAAAUAAGAAGCCUAGGAAGAGGAAGAGAUCUUUGACUCGUGAUUCUAAAGAAAUGUCGAAAGUAGAGACAGCAUCUCAGACGGAUGAAGCACAGAAGUCUGACGAAACACGUAAGGAAAGGAAAGAAACAAAGGAUCAGUUUGAACUUAAUGACAAAUCUAGGGAUGAUGUUGAAUAUAAGCACAAUAAGGUUACUGAAGAUGUUUCAGAUACCAGACCUCCUGCAAAGAAAAAGCCGAAGAGAAAAGAGAAAAGUUUGUCCAAGGAAAAGUUGAUAAGUGAUUUCAAUAUAGACAAUGCUUCUUCACACUUUUUGGAGGACCAACAGAAGAUUAAACACAGCAGUGCUGACCAAUCAGCUCAACAUAUAAAUGACUCGGAUCCACUCAGAACCAGUGUGCUGGGUGGGAGGAGUAAAAGAAAGACAAACUCAUCAAAUCCUCAUGAAACACCUGUUGUUACUUCUUUCAGGAAAGAUGGUGAAGCAGAUCGUUUUAACAUUCAAGGAGGUGUUCAGGAGGAAACAUCUGAAGAUGGUCUAUUCUCUAAAGAUGCAGGCAAUGAAGGCAUUGUAGGAACUGGAACUUAUAUGAACCAUUCUGUUACUGAAAUAAAAGCGCACCCUUCUGAUGUGAAUGAGUCCCAGGAGCUGACUGAGGAUAAUGCGAAUGUUGUCCUUGAUCAUUGUCAUAAAAGUCAAGCCACUCAGACUGGCGGAGCUGAGGAAGGAAGAGAAGUAUCAUCACAAAGUGAUCCUAAGCUAAUGCUGUUAGAAAUGUGCACACCAUCCAACCAGGAUAACAGAGAUACAAAUGUCAGAGAAUUAAAUGUGACUUCAAAAGUUGUCGAUGUGAAUGACCUUGUAAAAUCAGAGAAGAAGAAAAAAAAGGGGAUAAGAAGAGCUAAGGAUUCAGGUGGAGGACCGGCACUUACAGAAGGUAUUAGCCUUGUAGAUGCUUCUGAGAGUGAAACUGUUAAUGUCAAGUCUGUUAAAGCAACUGAUCCUAUGUCAGGAAAUACUGAGACAGAGGAAAACCCUCUAAAUCAAGCAGAAGGGAAAAAAAUAAGGCAGGAGGAAAUGAAAGGGACUGUUCUUUCUGCUACUGAUAUGGAAGAUGAUUUUAGUACUGAUAAUACUGGUUCCUUGGAAAAAAUUAAAACUAAAUCUAAUGCUGAACAUGUGGAUGAACAUGCUGACAAGAUACAGAGAAAGAAAUCAAACAACAAACAAACUUCUACCUCAGAGAGCAUAUCAAAUAUGCUAAUAAAAGAUAAAGGUCUUGAUAGUAAGAAACCAUCACCAUCUUCUGACAGUGGAAUACAUGCCAACCCUUCAUUUAAGAUGGCAAAGAAAAGUAAGUCUGCAAACACGAAGUCCACUAACAAAUCAAGCAAAACAAAUUUGGAACCUGUGAAAGACUCUGUUGGACUUGAAUCUUCUGACAUGCUUGUUGACAAGAUGAAUGAAGCAGAUAGAACAGGCGUCGAGAAAAUGGUUCAAAAUAAAGCAGGAAAAGCAUCAGGGAAUGAUGUCUGGAGAGUUGUAAGUCGCAAACAGCAGAAGAGGAGCUUGUUGGCGGGAGAAAUUUUCAAGGAUGAUAGUAGUGGUACCUCUGAAGAUGAAGGUGAAGUUGAUAAUUCUGAUGCCAGCACUAGAAUUCCAUUAGAUAAUUCAGUCUUGUCUGAUUUUUCAGAUGGGGAUAGUAGUGCAGGUUUCAAUAGUGGGAAAAGGCUGGAAAAUGGAAGAAGCUCCAUAGAAGCAAGUUUGUCAGGCACAAAAGGGAUAUCAGUUGAUCGUAUUCUGAGAAGCUCAAGCAGGUUUAAGAAGGCUAAAAUAUCGGCCUCUCAAUUGGAAGAAACUGAACGCCAGCCAGAGUUCGUUCCAGACAGCCUUGCUGACAUGUAAUCACAAGUUUCAGCAGAAAAAAAGACACGUAACCAUAGCAAUAUGGUAUUUUUGCCCAUUUUUGUUCUCUUCUGGAGCUGGUGUCUGGCUGUAACUUGAGUGUUAAUUCCUCUUGUUCUUUACCUUCUUUCCUAAUUGAACGCUAGUUUGCUUUCUAAGCCUGUUUACCUAUCAAUGUUAUAUAUUACUUCUACUAUAUUGAUAAAAAACAAGGUGUGUAUUAAUCGAAGUUCUCAAGAAAUGUGUCAAGCCCAUGCCCACGA